CCUCGCGCCUCUCGCUUGUUUCGCGAGGUGUGACGUCACGUGAACUGCCCGUGUCCGUUCCAGCUGAGAGCGAGAGAGAGAGAGAAAAAGAGAGAGAGAGAGGACGGUGGGACGUAAACCUAGCACGGCCCAAACACACACCGAAGCCCGUGCGCCCGUGACUGGAUCCACCGGAUGCAAAAAAAAGUACAGACGGAGAAAGAGGAAACGACCCCCUCCUCCCCACACGACAGACAGCAGAGCGCGACAGCAGAGGAGCGAAACACCAAUUCAACUUGUCAUCUGACCAAUACAGCCACUACCCUCGUCGCUGUGUGUUUUUUCUGUACACACGGUUUUCCUUCGCUUGUUUUGUUUUGACAGAGGUCUGCUUUGCAACUAUUUUCGGGUCUUUUAAUCGCAGGACGAUUAAGUCGGGAUAAUACUCUGCAAGUUUUAAUUGUGACAUUUUCCUGUCCGUGCUGUGUGCGGAGGAUUUAUUGGCAUUUUCUAGCAUUUGCGUUUUUUUUUUAUUAUGGACAGUAUUCCUACUCAGAUAGUCUGAGUGUCCCUCUCACACGGGUCCUCUGAGAAUAUCAGCUUGAUAUACUGAACAAUUUCAACAACAUCCAACUGCAAUGGAAUAUUUCGAUGAAAAUAUUUUUGCAAGGAAAUAAGGAACUCUACAGUACUACAAGUGAAAGCGUACUUGUCCUAUUGGUAGGUACUUCGGUCAGUUCGCCACGCCCAUUCAAGUGCCCUAGGUGUCUUUUUGCGACCCCGACUGGUUCAGGAUGUCCAGGCAGCUCUCCCAGCUUCCGACCCCUGACCUCCCAGCUGGCGCAAGCCCGCAGUUUGGAAGUUGUACUCAGCCUGCAGGCUCCCUCACAGGGGGGCAUCUCAACUCUAUGACAGGUCUUAAAUCCCUCCUGCAGCACCCCAUGAAAGGAGACCAACGUUUAAAAAGCCCAUGUGAUGCAAAAGACAAAGAGAGACUGGACCUUGAUGAGGAUUCUUUGGGAGUUUGCCCCAUGAGGAAUGGCAGUGGGAUAGCCAACAGUACUAGUAGUAAUGGCUGUGGAGGAGGAGGUGGUGGAAAUGGCAAUGGAAAUGGGAAUGGGAAUGGGAAUGGGAAUGGAGGAGGACCAUUCAAUCAGUUCUUGGGGCCUCUCUUGUGGGAUCGCACCCUGCCUGCAGAUGGGGGCCUCUUCCAGCUUCAGUACAUGGACUUGGAGGAGUUUCUGACCGAAAACGGAAUGGGCAGCAUGCAUAACAACAACAGCUCCAGUUCAGCCCAGAUCCCCUCACAGAGCUCCCAGUCAGCUGUGCCCAACCAGAGCUCCCAGUGCCUACCGCCCUCAUCCCCACCUUGCUCCACAUCUUCAUCACCUUCGUCCUCUUCUUCCCCAUCGCUCAUCGGUUUGGAGGUGGCUCAGCCGCAGAGCCUUGCAGGAGGGAACGACUGUCUACAUGGGAGUCAGACGACUAUGAACGACUCCUGUGAGUCACCCUGCUCCUCGUCCUCGUCCUCGUGUCCACCUCUGCUGACGCCAACGGGCAGUGGGCCAGAUGGGGCUGGAAUGUUUGACAUGGAUGCUUCAGACAGCAUGUCCAGCUCCUCUGGCCAGCAGAACUUCGACCUAAGACACUCCUUCAGCGAAGAGGAGCUCAAGCCACAGCCAAUGAUCAAGAAGGCCCGCAAGAUCCUGGUGCCCGAUAACAUGAAGGAUGAGAAGUACUGGACCAGGAGGUAUAAAAACAAUGAAGCAGCAAAGCGUUCUCGAGAUGCUCGCCGUAUAAAGGAGAACCAAAUAUCUGUGCGUGCUGCCUACCUGGAGAGAGAGAACUCCGCCCUCAGACAAGAAGUGGCUGAGAUUCGGAAGGAAUUGGGCCGCUGUCGCAACAUCCUUAGUAAAUACGAAAGCCGUCUUGCUGACCAGUGAUGAAGGCGUGGAACAAAAUCAGGAAGAGGAGGAAUAAAAGCUGGAUUAAAAUUUAAGACUUUGAAUUUUUUGGGGUGAUGUGAUGGACAGAACGGGGUCAAGAAAAUGGUGAUGAUGAUGAGGAAGCUGAUGAUUAUGAUGAUGAAUGUAUAAGACAAGGAGAAGGUCUGUGUAAUGAAGCUCAGGUGUCUUGUUUUGUCGAGGUGUCAGCUCUUAAAAGUGAAAGAUGGAGAGAAUAAUUUAACAGAUGAAAGAUGUGACUUUUAAGAGUUUUGUUAUUGGAGAAUUGUAUAUUUUUAUAAUACUUACGGAAAAUUAGAGGGAGAGCAAAUUUGGAGAAUAAUUUUGUAUAUUUUCUACACGAUGGGGACAUAGAGAUGGGGGAAAGCUAUGCUAAGCAUCUUUUUAUUAUAGAUGAGUCAGGACAGUUUAACAGGUGGUCAGCCAUCGAUGGGUAUUUUUCGACUUGAUUAUUAAUGUCAGGAUGCAGCAGCAGGGGCGAGGACGCAUGUAACAAUUGUAAUAUAGAGAGCAAAAAUUAUCUUAUAAUCGUAUAGUUCAACGUUUUUGUGGCUUUUACUCAAGCACUUAUUUUUCAUUUUUCCUGUUAUGUUUCUGUCACUGGGAACGGGCAUGCUAAAGAGAGACAAAAUGAGGGAUAAGAGGAGGCACCAUGUACACAGUCCAGCACUAUCUUCAACACUUGUCUUGACCAGUCUUGUGCGUUUUUUUUAAUAGAACAACAUCAUCCUUUUUAAUUGAGUUCCCCAACAAUAUUAGUUCAUUGUACUUUGAGCUUAACUUUUGCAAUUGGCACAUCUUUCUCUAGUCCUUACAUAUAUCUUUUACUUGUAUCUAUUUUUCUCUAUCCCAGUUGACUGCUUUUAAUCUACUCUGGCGUUUCGUAUCUUACCUAAGCUGGUGAAAGCCUGUUGUGAUGCCCGGAGUAACUCUGCUCCUUUUGAUCCUCUCUUUAGAUUGUUGGGACAUUUCUCUUCCUCUGUUUCUAAAUCCAACUGCUCUAUUUCUGUCUGAUCUCACUUACAGCCAGUCCCCUCUCAGCUAUGUGCAAACUCUUCCCUUUACGUUUUGUCCCCGUGUCUCUCUUGUACCUCGUCGGUGCACAGAGUAGUUAAAUCUCAAUGUUGUAACGUUUUUCUGAAAUAGUAAUUAAUCUUCCCAGUAAAACGCACAUUGUUACUUUACUGUACUUUAUGAACACACUUUAAUUAGCAUUACUAUGGGGGGAGAAAUGUUGUGUAUAUUGGAUAGGCCUAUACUAUUUUGUGUAUUUGAUGUAUUCCAGGAGAUGGGUCGACUACCCCCAUUGAGUGGAAUGGUGUUAAUAUCUCAGAUUUCUGGGAGAAAUAAAAGCCAAAAUUUCCUAUGUUGAUCCACACAGCUUGUUGCUAUUUAGUGCUUUUUUCAAUACUACAUCCUUACUGUUUACUCCUGUUAUUACUCUUACUUUUGACUGUAUCUAUAAACUUCUCUGUGUACCCACAACACCUACACAGUGGCAUGGUACACUAUGUUAUGUUCCUGGGGGAGGGAUGACUAGUAAUAGAGUGUGAUUUUUAUCCCCUUAAUGACCAUGAUGAAUAGUUACCAUUACUGCUAUUAUUAUUGUUAUGAUUAUGAUGAUUAUCCCUCUUGUUGUUGCAGUUCUAUAUUAUUGAAUGAUUUUUCUUUCCUUGGAUGAACAUGAUCUGUUGCACCUUGAAACAUCUUUGAUCUUCAGUGUUCCUCAGAAAGACUAUUCAAAUGGAAAAAAACCCUCACUGUCUGCCAUUUGAAUCCUGUCUCAGACCUCUAGACAUUACUCACUUCUGCUAUGGACACAACUGCCACCUUGGUUUCUUUGACCAUGGAUUUCACAAGCGUGGCAGUAACUUGAACAUAAUGUUCAUGCAGACUUACUUUACCUGUCAAAGACCUCUUCUGUUCCCCUGGCAGUGUAUGGACUAUGCACACUAUCAAUAUGCUCCUUGUUGGUUUAUUUCAGCCUGAAUCAGUGAUUGUUUGCUCUCCCAACAGGAUUUAGUCUCUAAUAUCCUCACAGAUGUGGUUGAUAAAUCUUUUAGUGACUCUAAUUGAACUACAACUGCCCUGCUGCAUCAGUGGUGUCCAUGGUGCCCAGCCCACUUAGUGCUGGUUAUUUGGAUGUAGUCGAGAUUUUUCCAAAACACCAAUAAAAGAUUGUUCUCAUUCACUA